AUAACCUGGUAAUCUGUGUCAAAUUGAGCGGUAUGUUAUCGGGGCCUGGAAAACAGUAACUCCAGAUCCAGGGCGUGUAUUGUCGGAGCAGUGGGCUUUUGUUUUCGGGAUAACGGGGGGCUUAGAUUUGGCUGUACAUAACCAGUUAUGCAUCUAAUGUUAGCUAACACUGACAGAGUUUAAAAAAAAACACGAGGUGUUUUAUAAUUUGCAAACAGUAAAAACACUGCAAGCGUAUACAUCAGCUACAUUAGCUGAUCGCUUACAGUGGUUGACUCGUCGUCGUCGCUUGCUGUUGUCAAAGUUUAGUGGGUUCAGUGUCGUCAAUCUGGCAACCCGGCUGAGCUUCGAGUGUGGGAGUGGAAGAGGAGGAGGGAAGGAGCGAGGGCAGGGCAGAUGACUCUCUCCAACACUUUAAUUUGGACUGCAGUACCAAUGUUAAACGCUUUCUGUCAGAAUUACAUGUUGUUCUGUAAUAGCUGCUGUCCUAAACUCGGUCCUAGCUGAAGUUGCCAUGGUGAUAGGGUUUCAGAGGUAAAGUUAGGGUGUUUCUGUAAAUACGGCACCAGAAUGGGGAGAGACUUAAAUACUCGAGACUGAAGACCGGAUUACUGUUUCAAAACAUAUUUGAAAUGAUUGAUAAAACCUGACAAAAACCCAGCAAUAGAUUGUAGCGUUCAGUAACGCACAAAAACACAUCUUUUUCUGGCUGUUCUGGCUACUGCACCUGCGCGGUAGUGAUGUGUCGUUAGCGAACGAAUCGACUCUUUUAGGUGAACGUUGGGAGCCGACUCGCAUUGAGGAGCCUUUUUUGUGAUUAAGACAAAACAAAUGGUUUCUCAACCUCACUGUUCCCAACACCUGCUUCUGUUAGUCAGCUCUUGGCCUUGUUUCCAGGUGUGUCUCGCUAGUUAUUCUGAUUUUUGCCUUGUUUGUUGAUGACUGGUGGUUGGUUUUGCCUGUAUUUUUUUCUGCAACUUUAUUUGUUUCAGAACGUACAUGAUGUAAUUUUAGCUAAUUAGAAAGUAAUCGAAGGUUGUGAACUCGGGUGCUCAAAAAACGGACAGUGCUGUUGAACGAAGAGCCGUUUGGGAGUCGAAAGAGUCGGCUCGUAUGGGUGAGCUGAACCGCUUGAUUUGACUCGCUGAAAAGAGCCACGGGGCGGGGGGAGUUUCCCGCGUGUGGCGUUACCAGGCAGCUGAUUGGCUGCUUUCCUGAAGGGCGGGACUUUCUCUGUAAACAGUCGCCAUGUUGAGCGGUGUGAGUUUUCCCAUUCAUAUUCCGAACAGUGUCGUCUGUCCUCGUUUCUGCCUCCACGCACUGUGAAGAAGGAGAGAGAGACAAUAGGAUGGGACGAUUGCAGCAUGACCAGCGAACUGAUUGGCUUCUUUUCUUGAAGGGCGGGAUGAUCGCAGCAUAACCAGAAAACUGAUUGGCUCUUCCUUGGAGGGUGGGACAUUCUCCGUAAACAGACGCCUUGUUGAGCAGUACAAGCUUUCCCGUUCGUAUGUCAACCAGUGGCAGGUCUCCUCAUUUAUAAAGUCUCUGGUGGCUUCAGGAAACAAAAAUGCAAUGGCAGAUAAAGAACCGCCAGCAUGUAAAAAACUACCCAUCCCUAUUUUGCCAACAACAGCGUACACAACAAAGACAUGUAAACAGAAGAAGACAAAUGAAGAAAAGCAUGCUAAAAAGAAAGAAUUAGACAGAGCCCGAGAUAAAACAAGGGCAAACCUUGGAGCAGCUUUUCAGAGGUGGAGGGCGCUACGGGACCUGAAAGGCUUCAGAUCCGAUGCAGAGUUAGCCACAUUUCUGCUUGACAGGUUUGCUAAAGGAGGAUUCUUGGCAAACACUUCCUGUGCUGCAUCGAGAAUUGAAUUGACCUUAACAGAUGAGUCAACGGAUUCAGAUUUUGAGAGGAGGGAUUAUGCCUCGGAUGUUGGGGACGAUAGUGAGUUACCACAGAACGGACAAACAGCACCGACGGAGAUAGAGUUGGAGUUAACAAGUAGCAUGACAAGUAAGCCUUCGGCAGCUCUACAAGCCAACAGAAAAGAUUUCUCAAUGAGGUCGUCUUCCACUCCAGACGAAGAAGAAAAUUCUGACAUAUCUGAGAGCAGUUAUGUGAAUUUAAAUAAAGAGGUUUUGGUGCUGCUGAUGUUUCGCUGUUUGGAGUGCUCCAGUGAGUGCAGUGUUCAGGGGAAAGGCAAAGGAGGAAAUCUCUCUCUCCGACAGGAGUGUCUGAUCUGCUCUAACUGCAGAGUAUGGACUGCUCAAACCGUUCAAAUGCCAAAAGACAAGGUACCUGAUGUGCAUCUGACAAAUGUCAAGUGUGAUGACCUCUUGAACCCUGAGCAGAAGGCUCAGGAGACCAGUCUCUUAACGCAGACGCAUCAGGACAGAACGUCUGUGAAUGCUGUGCAGGAAGAGGCAGGUGCUAGGAGUGAAAUCACAACUUUUGUAGUAAAAGAAGAAAUUGAAUGUGAUCGUGAGAAUGAAGCGGGGAGUCUCUUGAUGGAGACGUAUGAGGAUACUCUUCCAAUUUCCUCAGUAAAAAAAGAGGACAGUGUUGAUGAGGCAGGUUUUAAUGGUGCGUCCGCAAAUAAUGAGACAGCUGAACCAUCCCACAUCUGCUUGACUGAUCAGAAAGAAGAAUUUCCUGAUGAGGAUGUUGAAAGUGACCAGGCAGACGAUUCUGAAGAUGAUUCCGAGAGCUUGUCGAGCUCGUACGAACCCAUGGACAGCUCAGAUGAAGAUUUUUCUGAGACUGAGUCAUCCAAGACGAAGGUGUUUCAGAACACCAUUAAACCGGUAGUUUGGUGUGAGGACUGUGGAGCUGUUGCAAAUAUGCACUGUGGACUUCGGCGGCACCAGAAGAUCUAUGGCUGCGCGCACUGUGGUGCGGAAGACAGUGUCCAGAGCUGCAGUUUCUCUGUUCAUUUUAGUGACAUUCAUAGUUUUCAUAAGCAUGCUAUGGACGUGCACGGUGCCACAGAACACUUUUAUGAACGCACAAUCUGCCAGGAUUGUAAUAAGACAUACAGGGUGCACACUGACCCCAACAAAAAGGGCCAUGUUUGCGAGAACAAGACCAAACCCUUUUCCUGCCAUUUGUGUCGCAAACGCUUCGCUACCAAAAUCGGCCAGAAGGUGCAUUACCGCAGACUGCACGGAGACUACACACACAUUUGCAAGUACUGCAUGAUGGUGUUUAAUACAAAGAUGUCCAAACUCGAACAUGAGCAGACUCACAGCAAAGAUGAGCUGACCUACAACUGCCCAGACUGCCCCGAGAAGUUCAAAGACUUUAUUAGCCGUAAUCAACACCUGAAGAGCCACAGAGGUCGGAAGAAAUACGUCUGCCACACGUGUAACAGGACGUUUGUUUCCCUUCAAAGAUACGAGAGACACAUGCGCAUCCACUCUGGAGAGAAACCUUACAAGUGCGGGGUCUGCGAGCGUUCCUUCAACCAGGCUGGUCACCUGAAGUCCCACAUGAGGCUCCACACGGGAGAGAAGCCCUUCAUGUGCGAGCAGUGCGGAGAAUGUUUCAACCACAACGUCAGCCUGAGGAACCACCUGCAGCGGCAUCACGGCAGCGAUUCCACCUCUGUGCCGGUGGAGGAGAACAAACACAAAGGUAGACCUGCGAAGAACUCAGCAAACAAAGACCAGCGUAAAAAGCGAGCAAGGAAGCGCUCUUCCAAGGCUGCGGCUACUGAGGAGCUGGAGGUGGAGCUGGAGCUUGAGGAGGAGGAGGAUGAAGAGGAGGAGGACAAUGUGCAGCCUGAUCCAGACCUGGACUAUUGGGAAGAGACUGAAGAGUCAGACGCUGACGAAGAGAAGGAGAAAAGAGGCCGCAAGAGGAAAGCGAGGAGGAAGAAACAAGGGAGAAGACAGAAAUGCACGGUCGAUAAUGACCACUGAUUCAAAGCGGACACUGAAUGCUUGGCUGCACUGUAAGAAAAUAAGGGGAAUAUUAACAGAUAUUUCAGCUUUUCCUGCAUAUCUCGGUUGUUGAGAAGUCAUUCAGAGUGGGUUGAUGUGAAAUUGCUCAUUGUAAAGUAACUUGGCAACCCUGAUUUCUUUACAUGGUGGUGAUGGGAACCAGGGGUUGCAAAUAUAGCCAUUUUCUGUACUAUCCAAAACCACUAGUGAGUCUACACAUCUAAGUUUUAUAAGUUUAGUAACUUUGAAGAGGGUAAAAUAGUGGUAAAUCUGUUCUUUGGGGACUGUUUUCCUUUAUUACACCCUGCAUGUUCUUAUCCACAAUGAGUGGAUUGAAAAAAAUGUUUUUUAAACAAAAAGCAUCUUCAAACUGUUCUAAUACAAUGUCUCAGACAUUAAACACCCUAUUCAGGUGAGGGAGCUUUUAGAGGCAUGAAACUCUUCAGACGUCUGGUUCCUAUCACCACCACUGUGAACAAUUCUGACUCAGUAAGUUUCUCUAGAACAGAGCAUUUCACACCAAACCACUCUGAAUGACUUUGUUUAUCUUAGUGGUUUAUUAAUGCAGAAAUACUGGAAAAUCAGUGGAAUUCCCCUUUAAAUUUUCAGACGUGUAGUUUGUCCAAGGAAUAUGAAAGCUGGUGCUUGAUCAAAAUGUGACCCAGAACUGUCUAAAACUGCAAGAGUAUUUCACUAAAAUACCUGAACAGGAACUGGCAAAAGUACAAACGGACUAACUGAAAGUUUGCUACCACUUGAUGUCAUAAAUGUACAUCGCUGUAUGUUUUAACAGUCGCUGUCUUGCACUGUUGCUGCUGUUGUUUGAAAACCUCUGUUACUGCAGGACCAGAUACUGGACCGGCAUUUACUUCAGUUCCUCACUGAUUCUUAUACUUCAGUCUUGCCAAAGAUCCCUUACUUUCUUAAAGGUAGUGUCUCAAACGAUUAAUAACAUUGAUGCUAUUACUCAUCCUCAAGAAAAACAUGUAGUGAAAUAAAACCUGAAAAUAAAGCUCUUUCUGUAAUAAUGAGUGUAAUGAAUG